UCCGGACCCUUCCACGUUUCUGCGGCGGGAAAAUAAAGCUUCAAGACAGGAAGAGGAGUUGGGGUUGCACAGUCAGAGAGGAUUUAGUUCCCCGAAGUGUGGCGCGGUUGGAGCUUUAUAUCCGGGACAAGCGAGUGUCACCACACUGCAAGCAAAUCCUGGGGCCUCAGCAAACCGGGCUCCGGACAGCUGGCCCCACGCCCGGCUCGGAGUUCGAGACUCUGGCCACUUAGAGCUCUGGGGCCAGCAGGCUGCUGACCCAGUGGCCUUUAUCUCUGUCCCCCUUUGUUCCUUUUAUCUCAGGCUCCGCAGGAGGCCCCGAGAGGCCACACUGCCUAUCGCCCUCCUGGCUGUGCGACCUCUUCAAUGCCCGGCAGGUCUGAGGCUGCAGAGGAGCGGGGCCACCGAGCGUCUCGCUAACUGGGCCAGGCUGUGACGCGGGUCCGGCGGAUCCCCCACUCCCACCCUAAGGGCACUGACACCGGAGCACCGGCGGGCGCGGGUCCCUGCAUCCGCUAGUUUCGGAGCUGCACGCCCCACGAUGGCUCCGGGCCGGGCAGUGGCGGGGCUGCUGCUCUUGGCGGCCACCAGCCUGGGACGCCCCUCGGAGGGGCCGGAGCUCGCCUUCAGUGAGGAUGUGCUGAGAGUGUUCGGCACCAACCGGAGCCUGUCAGCCGCGCAGCUGGGGCGUCUGCUGGAGCGUCUGGGGGCUGCAUCCCAGCAUGGAGCACUGGACCUGGGCCAGCUGCACUUCAACCAGUGUUUGUCAGCGGAAGACAUCUUUUCUCUUCAUGGUUUCUCGAACGUCACCCAGAUAACCAGCUCGAACUUCUCUGCCAUCUGCCCCGCGAUCUUACAGCAGCUGAACUUCCAUCCCUGCGAGAAUCUGUCAAAGACCAGUGCAAAGCCCAGUCUUUCCGAAGUCUGGGGCUAUGGAUUCCUGUCAGUGACAAUUAUCAAUUUGGCAUCUCUCCUGGGAUUGAUUUUAACCCCCUUGAUAAAGAAGUCUUAUUUCCCCAAGAUUUUGACUUAUUUUGUGGGACUCGCUAUUGGGACUCUUUUCUCAAAUGCCAUUUUCCAGCUUAUUCCAGAGGCAUUUGGAUUUAAUCCCAAAAUUGACAAUUAUGUUGAGAAGGCAGUUGCUGUGUUUGGAGGAUUUUAUAUGCUUUUCUUUGUCGAAAGAACACUUAAGAUGCUUCUGAAAACAUACGGCCAGAAUGACCAUACUCACUUCAGAAACGAUGACUUUGGUUCUAAAGAAAAAAACCAUCAACCCAAAACGUUGCCAUUACCUGCAGUCAACGGUGUGACAUGCUAUGCCAACCCCGCUGUCACCGAGCCUAACGGACACCUCCACUUUGACACUGUCAGCGUUGUAUCUAUCCAGGAUGGAAAAGCAGAGUCCAGUUCAUGCAGCUGUUUGAAGGGGCCCAAACUGUCAGAAAUAGGAACAAUUGCCUGGAUGAUCACACUCUGUGACGCUCUCCACAAUUUCAUCGAUGGCUUGGCGAUUGGGGCGUCUUGUACUUUGUCUCUUCUUCAGGGACUCAGUACUUCCAUAGCGAUCCUGUGUGAGGAGUUUCCUCAUGAGUUAGGGGACUUUGUGAUCUUACUCAAUGCAGGGAUGAGCACUCGGCAAGCCUUGCUGUUCAACUUCCUCUCCGCCUGCUCCUGCUACGUUGGGCUCGCUUUUGGCAUUUUGGUGGGCAACAAUUUUGCUCCAAAUAUUAUAUUUGCCCUCGCUGGAGGCAUGUUCCUCUACAUUUCUCUGGCAGAUAUGUUUCCAGAGAUGAACGACAUGCUGAGAGAAAAAGUCACUGGAAGACAAACGGAUUUCACCUUCUUCAUGAUCCAGAACGCAGGGAUGUUAACCGGAUUCACUGCUAUCCUGCUCAUCACCUUGUACGCAGGGGACAUCGAAUUGCAGUAACCGGAAGUGGAGUAUGACGUCAACGUGGGAAGGCAUUUAAUAAACAACACUGAAACAUCUCCAUAGGGAUUUUUUUUUUUUUAAAAGUAUAUCCUAUUUAGUUAAAAGAGUUUUUUUUUUUUU